AUGCAUGACAUACCAAGCCAUUAUAAAAAGUACUAUGUCUCUUAUAAGAAAAUCAAAAGAAUCAUACUCAGGAUGGGACGUAAAUACAAACAGAAGCUUGAAAAGGAUCUAAUACAAACUGCAGUAAAAAGGGUUGAUAAACGAGGUAUGAAAAUGCUGCCUCCCUUUCUAUUCAGCGAUAUUAUAACAAAGGAAAUUAAAAAAAUAAACAAAUUUGCAGAAAAGAAAUAUAUAGAAAUAAUUGAUAACCUGAUGAAUACAUAUAAGAAACUAAAAUCUAUGGAUAACUACAAGCACAAAACAACAAAAGAAGAUAUGGAAAAAAACUUAGAUUUAAUCGGUUGUGACAUAAUUCAUUUCGAUUAUUAUACGCAUAAGAAUUGUAGGAUAUUAAUGAAGUUAGGAUUUUUUUUCGAUCACAUCAUGAACAUCUCCAUCAAUCAGUGGCUUCUUCUAAGUUUAAUAAAAGAAAAAUUCUGCAACAUAAACAUAGAUGAGUUGAUUGUGUACUUGUCUCUUUUGUAUUCUCUACAUCGAUCCUUAUGCCAAGGACAUCAGCAGGCAGAUGCAGAUUGUCAGAAUACGACACACAUGAUCAAUUUUGUCACUUCAGCGAACCCCCAGAAGGGAGAGGGGAGUAAUAGAAAGUGGAUCCCACCAGAGACAUUUGAACGGACAUCUACUAAAUUUUUAAUGAAAUAUGAAGAUAUUGUAUACACAAAAGUAAAAAUCAUAAAACAUCUGCCAUAUUUAAUAUUCGGAAUGAGUAACAAAGAUUUAGAAGAAAGUUUUGAAAAUUUCGUGGAAAUGAAAAAAAAUAAAAUUUGUAGCGAGACUAUUCAAGAUAUGAAAAGAAAGCAGAAAAAAUUCAAACCCCUUGAUGAAUCACAACAAAUAACAUCAGUCUACUUGGAUAAUGAAGAAGCCACGUGCUACAGCAAGAGAAUACUCAGAUAUGAAAAUGCACAACUUAUACGAUUUAGGUGGUAUAAUGAAAAUGAUGGAAAUCCGGAUAAAAUUAUUUUUGUUGAAAGAAAAAUUCACCACGAGGAAUGGACUGGCGAAACUUCCACAAAGGAAAGGUUCGAAUUGGAGCAGAAGUAUGUCUUUAAAUUUAUGAAUGGUCAAUUGAAUAUGAGGAACUUUUUUUUGAAAAAACUUCAAACAUGGAGAGAGGCUCAGGGUGCAAAUGCCACAACGGGUGUGAAAGCAGAAAACGAGGGUAGGGGUUCGGCGAGGAGGAACACUGGGGGGAGCCUGGAAAAAAGAAUGAAAAAAAAUAUAAAACUGGCAACAGAAAUUCAGAAAAUGAUAAUUCAGAACAGACUAGAACCCGUCAUAAGAACUUCCUACCUGAGAUGUGCAUUUCAACAAAGUAACGAUAAUUCUGUGAGGAUAUCAAUAGACACGAAUGUUUCAAUGUUGAACGAAUGUGUCAGCAGAAGGGAAGAACACUGGUGUAGACUGGCUGAGGAAGCAUUAAGAAAAAAUGAAAUCAGGAGGUUAAAUUAUAGUAUCAUAGAAGUGAAAUUAAAGGUAGAAAAAAUACCAAAAUGGGUUCAAAAUAUACUAAAUAGUAAUCAUUUCAUCAAUGCCUAUAAAUAUUCCAAGUAUCAAACAGCCAUGGCUUUAUUGCACCCAGAUAAGGUUAAAUAUAUACCACUUUGGAUACAUGCGAAUAUUCAAGAGAAAUUUAAAUCUACAAAUAAUUACGCCGAAUCGACAAUUACACGCUCAAGCAGUUGCCAAAAUGCAAAGAUCACAAAUUUAAAGGAUCUGUACACAGAGGAGCAUGAACUAAUCACUGACAAUGUCUACAGUGCCAAUUAUCAAAGACAACACCACGCAAUAAUUCCCCUCCGAGAAACAGAUAAUCAAAUAUACAGACAAAAACAUGACAAUAAUGAAUGUAUUCAACAAAGGUUGAAUCAGUCCUCAUGCAACUCUUUACAAGAAUAUAAUAUGCUACACAAAACUGCCCUUUGGAUAACUCAAAAUUAUAACAGAAAUAAACAUAUGCAAGAAAAAAUAAAUUUGUUAAAAAUAGAUCCCAAAAUUAAUUUCGCUGCUGAGAGAACUUUUCUUCAUUAUACCCUUAUCUCUGUGUAUAUUACUCUAUUGGCACUCUUUUUAGAAAAAUAUAAAAAUCAAGAUAAAAAUUUGGAUACUCUCAUUAUUUUACUUCUUGCAACUGCGUUCUCAUCUCUAAUAUCAUCCUACUUUUUCUUUUUGAAGCGGAUCGAAAUUAUUGAACUGAGAAAAACGAAGGAACCCCUGCUCGGACGUCGACGAUUUGACAGUUUUUACAGUCCUAUUAUUUUCCUACUUCUUAUAUUAUUUUCUAUAAUUUUGUCAAUAUAUUUCAAUUUUAACAUUAGAUCGAUAAAGGUCGCGCGUUGGGAUCACCUCACAGUUUUUCAAUUUCUAUUUCGCAUGAAUUCUAUAAAAAAGUAG